AUGAAGUUUAUGAAGUUGGGUUCCAAGCCUGAUUCCCUUGAAGCUCGUGGACACUCUACCAGAUAUGUAUCAUCUGAAUUGGCCACUGAUGUUACCAUUAAUGUUGGUGAAGUUAAGUUUUACCUUCAUAAGUUUCCUCUAUUGUCGAAGAGCAAGCGAUUACAGAAGUUGAUGUCGAAAGCUAGUGAAGAGGAUUCUGAUGAUAUUUACUUAGAUGAUUUCCCAGGAGGACCUAAGGCCUUUGAAAUAUGUGCAAAAUUCUGUUAUGAAAUGACAGUUACUCUUAAUGCUUACAAUGUUGUAGCUGCUCGCUGUGCGGCUGAAUAUCUUGAGAUGACUGAGGAUAUUGAUCUGGGGAACUUAGUUUUUAAAAUUGAAGUGUUCCUUAACUCAGGAAUCUUCUGUUGCUGGAAGGAUUCUAUAAUAGUCCUCCAAACUUGUAAUUCUUUUCUGCCAUGGUCUGAGGAUCUGAAGAUCAUUGAGAGAUGCAUAGGUUCCAUAACUUCUAAAAUUGCUGUUGAUCCGGCGAGCGUGUUCUGGUCCUACACUUAUAAUAGGAAAUUAACAGAGAGAAAAAAACUUGUUGAGCACAAGAUGAUGUUUCUAGAUCACAUUGAAUCUGUUCCUAAGGAUUGGUGGGUUGAAGAUAUAUGUGAACUGGACAUUGAUCUUUACAAAAGAGUAAUGAUUUGUGUGAAAUCAAAUGGAAGAACCGAUAGCAUUGUGAUUGCAGAGGCACUAAAAGUGUAUGCAAUGAGAUGGUUACCUGAUUCCAUUGAUGCAUUGACUUGGGAAGAGCAUGCAUCAAGGAACAAGUCUCUGGUAGAAACAGUUAUCUGUUUAUUGCCAUGUGAUAAUGGCAUUGGUUGCUCUUGUAGUUUUUUACUGAAGCUUCUGAAAUUUGCCAUAUUAGUUGGAGCAAAUGAGUCAGCAAGAGAAGAACUGAUGAAGAAAAUUAGCUCGAAAUUGCAUGAAGCUUGUGUCAAGGAUUUGCUGAUUCCAGCAAAGUCUCCUCAGAUAACAACUUAUGAUGUUGAUUUGGUACAAGGCCUUUUGAAUCAGUACUUGAUUCACGAACAGGGAAGAUGCAAUAUGGAGGUUAUUGAGGAGAAAGAUAAUGGAAAAGAUCUUUAUAUUUCGAGUGAUAAAUCCUUAUUGAACAUUGGAAAGUUGGUCGACGGUUACCUCGGAGAAAUUGCCCAUGAGCCUAAUCUCGGUCUCUCUAGUUUCGUCAAUCUGUCGCAAUCAGUUCCUGAUUGUGCUAGGCCAAGUCACGAUGGUCUAUACAGAGCUAUUGACAUUUAUUUGAAGAAGCAUCCGGAUUUGACAAAAGCAGAAAGGAAGAAGCUAUGUAGACUCAUGGAUGUGAAGAAACUGACGGCGAAUGCUUCAAUGCAUGCUGCGCAGAAUGACCGGCUUCCUCUUCGAGUGAUAGUGCAGGUUCUGUUUUUUGAGCAGGUUAGAGCCACUGCCAGAAUUCAAGCAAUACAUAACAAUUCACAUGAUCCUUUGCGGGUUGGAGGAGGUGAGAAGAGAGGGAUUAAUAGAUGCCAGUCCCUCAAGGUGCCGAUGAUGAAAGAGGAAGGCAAGCUGAGUAAGAAGAACAGCAAAAACAGCCGAAGCGGCAUGCAGUUGCUGCGAUCUGGGUCAAGGAGAAUCAUUGAUAAGUUAUGGAUUGUGGGAAAAGGACAGCAAGAGAAUAAUAGGAGCUCUGAGACUUCAGGGAGUUUAGAGAAUAAUAGCCCAACUAUGUCAUCUGCUUUGAGACACCAGAGGCAUUCUAUCUCAUAGCAACUUAAUGCCGAUUUAAUAAGCUCUUAGGAUCUAGGAUCUUCCGAAUGCUCAUUAGGAUAGAAUAGUGAUCUCUAGGUUUAGUAUUUUAACUAUUUACUAUCGUCUAUCACCUUCUGUAUAGAAUCACUAUCCUUAAUUGAAGCAUGUGAUUCAUAAAGCUUUGUACUUUUUGUUUCACAUAAA